AUGAAAGGAGCUACAGAAACCCCACUCCAUCUUAGCUGUAUGUCUACUGCAGGAGAACAUUUAUCAAUGCACUCAUGCUUUAAUGACUCUGUGGAGAGUCCCCAAAAUGACUCUAUUGCUCAAUCUAAUAGAACAUUGUAUGACCUAGAACAGACACCCCCUUUCCUGGUCGACGCCUGGUUGGUCCCUCUUUUUUUUGCUCUCAUCAUGCUGGUGGGACUUGUUGGCAACUCACUGGUCAUUUAUGUUAUCACCAAGCACAAACAGAUGAGGACUGUGACUAACUUCUACAUUGCAAAUCUUGCCACGACAGAUAUAACUUUCCUGGUAUGUUGUGUCCCUUUUACUGCAACACUUUAUCCGCUCCCCAGCUGGAUCUUUGGAGACAUCAUGUGCAAAGGAGUGAACUAUUUACAACAGGUUACAGCCCAGGCAACCUGUAUAACCCUUACAGCAAUGAGUGUUGACCGCUGCUAUGUGACAGUAUACCCACUGCAAUCUUUGCGUCAUCGCACACCUCGCUUAGCCAUGGCUGUCAGUCUGGGCAUUUGGAUAGGCUCCUUUGUUUUAUCCAUUCCUUGCGCAAUGUACCAAAAACUGAGUACUGGGUACUGGUACGGACCACAGACCUACUGCAUAGAAGCCUUUCCAACCACUGCACAUCAAAAAGCAUUCAUCUUAUAUACAUUUUUAGCAGUAUACCUCUUGCCACUGCUAACGAUUAGUGUAUGCUAUGCUUUCAUGCUGAAAAGGAUAAGCAGACCUGUUGUGGAGCCCAUUGACAAUAACUAUCAGGUUCAGCUCUUGGCAGAGAGAUCUGAGGCAGUACGAGCAAAGAUAUCCAAGAUGGUUGUGGUGAUAGUUCUACUCUUCACUAUCUGUUGGGGACCCAUCCAGCUCUUCAUUUUGUUUCAAGCCUUUGAUUCAAAUUUUCAGAAAAGCUAUGAAACCUACAAGCUGAAAAUUUUUGCACAUUGUAUGUGUUAUUCCAAUUCCUCUGUCAAUCCUAUUGUGUAUGCUUUCAUGGGGGCCAACUUCAGAAAGUCUUUUAAGAAAGCAUUUCCUUUUAUAUUCAAGCCAAAGGUUGGAGGAUUAGGAGGAGGAUGA